GUGUCGCUUUCGUCGCGUUCCCCUGACGAAAAAUCCCUGAUGUCAUGAGCAGCAGAAUGGCGUGUUGUUGUUUACUGAAUGUGGGCUCUCAGCACAGCUGAUCGUGCCUGCUUCUAGUGCUGCAGCGAUGCUAGGUUGAGAGAGGCACGAUGCCGUGGUUUGACUGGUCCGAGGGCAUCAAGAAGCGGGCCUGCCGGUACCUGCUGCAGCGUUACGGGAGCCAGUUUCUCCUGGAAAACAUCGGCCUCGACCAGCUCACGGUAGAUCUCUACAAAGGCAAGGGCCGAAUUACAAACGUCUACCUCGAUGUCAAGGGCCUCAAUGAGUUGGGCGAGAAGCUCAACCUUCCCGUCCGCAUCGUGGAGGGCUACAUCUCGUCCAUCGAGGUGGCCAUCCCGUGGUCCAGGCCACUCACGGACAACAGCGUCGUCGAGGUCGACGGACUCAUGCUCACCGUACAGCCCAAAGAAAGGAUCGACGACGCGUCCGUGUUUGAACCCAUGUUGGGCAGCAUGAUGUCGAGCAUGCAGCUGGCCGAGGAGUACCUGAAGCAGGAGCCCCUGGACGCGGAGAAGGAGGCGUCCGCGGCUGCCGAACCUUUCACGGGCCUCGAGCAGUUUGCUCAAGCUAUCGAAACCGUAUUCUGCAGGAUCAAGGUGAAGCUGACCAACACCAUCGUCAGGGUAGACCAUUUUCCCGAGCCCUCUUCGAAGCAAGGCAUUGCACUGGAACUGCGCAUUGCAUCUAUGGACUACUAUGACGAAGAGUCAGCUGAGGUUGGCGAAAUUGCUGGCGAGAGGAUAGCCCAGCGGGUUCGGGAACGUAUCUCGGUCUCUACGAAGAGGAUAAUUCUCAACGGAACAAGCCUCUUCACGGACGAGUUCUCAUCUGAGGUGCUCGCAAAUUUGCCUGCCGAGGACAAUGAGCCCCAGGAAAUGCUGAUGGGAUGUGCAGGGGCCUCGCCGCCCCUUGCCCCUCCCCACCAAGAAGCCCCCCCGCCACCCAUCGUGGAGCCCAUCCCCAUCUGUCGACUAACGGGCCAGCAGGAGAUAAAGCUGCAGCUCAAGAAGGACGAGUCGCUCGAAGGCUCCGGCGUCGACAUCGAGUUCAGUCUGGGUCAACUCUCCUUCUUUCUGCGCCCAAGGCAGGUUCACUUGCUCCUUCAAAUGGCCAAGGGAUUCACGAGCCCCAGUGAGUUUGUUGCUCGUGUUGCAACCUCUGGGAACGAUGACCUCUCUGGCAGUCUGAGAGGCCGGCACUACAAGUGCACACCAAUGGAGCCGCACCACUACACGAUAAUCGAGCAGGACCUCCAGCGGCAGCUCCUGAACCGGAAGCCUCGGCCCUCGCGGUCCCUAGGUGCGAACAUGGGCUGGUCUACCAGUUCGUCAGUCUGUCUGUCUGAGCCGGAGGACGAGUACAUGCCGAUGACGAAUCAGCGUGCCUUCUACGAGAGUGGCAGCGUCGCCUCCUCGGACAUGGACUCCUCUGUCACAAGUAGCAUUCACAGUUCCUACUCUAAGCCGAGAAAGAGGUCAAAAGGAAAACGGCGGUCAUCUCAAGGCUAUCUGGACGACGUACACGUCGAGUCAACCCACUUCCAGGUGCAUUGCAGCGCAGUGUGCGUAGUGAUCCUCCACGAAGAUUUUGCGGGUGUGGCAAGCGGCAACUGGCGCCGGGUCCCCAACCCGGCGUCCUGCCUGUCGCCCAAGGCGGUGGCCAUGAUGCAUUCGCAGGCCGAGACUUUCUUCCGGGCCCUCGCGGGACAGAACCUGCGGGACCUCAAGGCCGUUCACAGCAUCUUGCCGAAGAUCUGUCGGUCGGAUCACCUGUGGAUUAACGGAACACCUGUGACGCUAGAAGGCACGCAGAGGUCGUCGUCGUCGCAGUGGUCACUCGGCUUCCAACUCUCCGUGGUCGAGAUGGAGGUGGCCGAGUGCCUAUUCAAUCGUAGGUCAAACGUUGAAGGGGACGCUGCGUCGCUACAGGAUGCCGACGUCACUGAUAUUCUGUCCCUCUUUGAAAGCGACGACACCUGCAAGAAGCCUUCCGAGGCGGAGCCCUUUCUAAGGCUAAAGUAUGAAUACCCAAAGAUAUCGCCACAGACUCGGACAAGCAGGGAGCAGACGACGGGCAUCACCUUGGAGCUGCUACCAGCGCAAAUCGAGCUGGACAGGUCUCUGGAGGAUCGCAUUCACGCACUGCUCUACCCUCCUCCACAUUUCUCUUCCGCCAGCGAGAAGAAAAAUGACAUCUGGAGCAUGUCUGUCAACCAAGACAAUCAGGGUUCUAGUCCCACGGUGGCCAGGACCAGCAUCACAGUACGGAGCCCUUUCAUCAAGGCCAACCUGAGGUUUCCUAUUCCAGAUAUGCGGCCGCUCCAAGAAGUGCUCCGCGAGCCUUGGUGGGAGAAGAACCUGAGGCCGGACAUCCUGUCGGUGGAGCUCCUGGAGCCAACGCUGUCCACAACGCUCGUUGCCGACGACAACGAGGACCUCAAGCUGGUGCUAGUCUGCAAGGAGGCUCAUCUGUUCUACAAAGAGUCCCAGCUCUCAAAACCAGUGCCAUUUGCAAGGGUGUUUCGAGACCCUAGUGUCAAAGAGGAAGACUUUGACUUGCCCAGCCUGAGGAUCUCCAUCAGCCCGAGCAACGAACCUUCGCCUCUGGAGACGGAACUGUGCGAGGAGAGCAUGAUGCGGUCCACGAUGUUCGAGACGCUGCGGAUGCCUCAACAGAAUGAUGCGGGCUCACCCUUCACCGUCCACUGCCUCUGCUACGACAACAAUGAGAUCAGCCCUCCGCGCACGACGCGGCUGCAGGAGCAACAGCAGCGACAGGAGGCCAAGGAAAACGCCGAGAGUGACAAGUUGGUGCAGCCAGGUGACAAGGCGACACUUCGCUCCUUCAUUGACAAGGCGGCCAGCAACUGCCGCAUUCAGCUGGAGUUCCUGCUGCCGUCGCUGGAGGUGACCAUGCCUGACAAGCGGUUCUACGAACUCAUCUACAACCGGCUCACCAUGGACUUAGUCCUGUGGGAACCGGUCGUCGCUCGGCUCAGGGCAAGCGGAGACUCCUCGCUCGUUGCCCCCGGCGGCGAUGGCGCUGCGUUUUUUCCCGAGAUACGGGUCCCCGGCCAUCUUGCCCAGCAAAGCUCGGUGUUCCAAGAAUUCCACAUGUGCCGGUCAGGGAAUGUGCUUGAGUCGGACACUGAGUCUGAUGAUCCGCCAUCAAUGUUCCAUUCGGUGUGCGACAACCAGAGGCGGUCAACAAUCCGCCUUGACCGCUCUCAUCUUCAGUCGAGGGUCGUGCCCUGUCGAAGUUGGCAGACUCAGCUUGUCAUCAACAUCCACAUCACUGAUGGGGCCGCCACGCUCAAGACACCGUUGCAGGAUGCAGAAGGCAGGGUGAUUCCGAAGUUCCACGGCAACCUGCGCGUUUCUGUCAAGGACGCUCAGCUGUUUGUCAGCAGCAGUCACCAUGGCGACCCAGACCUCAAUUAUGUCAUCUUCAACGCUGGCACGGCCACUCUUCAUCACCAAGGACAAGUAUGCUCCCUUUGGGAUUGCACACUGCUACCCGUCCUGUACAGGUCAGGUGACGGCUUGGCAUCCAUGAAGCCACCGUCUUUCUUGGGCUCCGAGGUGGAAGCUGCCGACAUGCUCUCGCUAGUCAUCGAAACCCGUGCAGACCCAUCGCAAGGCGUCAAGACAAUCAAGGUCGCAGUGGGUGUUAGUGACACCACGCUGAGGCACCGCAUGGCACCACUACGGCGCAGCUGGGUCAAGCAGUUCGUCGACUUCUUCGACGUUGUCGACGAGGAAGUUCUGGGCUACAAGCCGCUCGGCGUGGUCACUGAGUUUCACCUUACCCUCUCCAGCUGUGCCAUUGACUACAGGCCCUUGCACAUCCCUUACCAGACGCUAGUGUCGAUGGAGAGCUUCAGUAUAUCAAGCAACAUCACUGCCAACACGACCACCUCACAGCUCAGAAUCAUCGCAGAGGAAGUCUUCCUCUACAUCUCUGACAAGGUGUCCAAGGAUGACCCGCCCGACUUGGCCAAUGGUUACGUCUGUGUGGCGGAUACGGACUUGUUUGACAUCUCUGCUCGUACGACUGACGUGCCAGGACAGCGGGUGUCCAUCAAGAUGAAGGCCUCGAACAACAUCACCAACUUGAGGACUUGCGUGGACUCCUGCCAGGCACUGCAGGCUCUGCUGACGUACCUCGCGAGCGACGGAGACCUUGUGGGCAACCCAAGCCCCCCACCUGAGCCAAGCUCUUGCGGUGGCGGCUCUGGCCCCGUCCUCGUCGAGCAUCUUGGCAGUGUCACCGGGAUGAUGGCGGACCACUUCCAGACCCUCGUGGCUGAGGCCAUGCGCGAGUCUAGCAGCUCCUCGUCAAGUUCACAAGGGCCAAAUACCGAGGAUGAUUCGCCGGCUUCUUUCAUCCAAGCAGAAAACGAGGACGACAGUGACGACGCAUUUCGGGACGCGAGGUGCGACGAGGAGUUCCGCCACGAUGUCGACAACCUGCGGAAUGUGCGGCGUGACGUCGAUUUUUCGCCAGUGGCUCACGCGAAUGAAGUCGACAACCUCCGGACGAGCACCACAUCCUCGCGAAGCCGUGCGGAAUCCAACAGGACAUCGGCGAUUGAGUCUUCGUACUCUGACGAGGAAUUCUGCAUCCUGGAAGAUGACCCUGGCGUGGGCAUUUUGCCUCGCAGCGGUGAACCCCAGAUUCGCGUGCUAGUCUCUGAGCCACUCGAGAUACACGAGAACUACUUCUCGACUUCUGCUCGCAACACGGACCAGCUACGAGCUCCGCGCAACUUUCCCGAGCCCGUACAGAAGUACACGCUGCGGGAGAUGACCCUGGUCUGGCACAUGUACGGCGGCUGCGACUUCGAGAGCAGCAUCACUCCGAACGCAUCCAGGCCUGCCGAGAAAAGCACUGGUCUUUGGGACGAUGGAGCCGAAGAAUGCUACGCAAAUGUUGUUCUGGAGCCCGUUAUCGGCAAUGUGAGCUACAGCAGGGAUGGUCCGCCAGCCAUCGAGUUGCUGCCGUUCAAGCCGCAGUCCCCGCCGCAGACCCCCCGGCACCGAAGGGCUCGAAAGGGCGGUCCGGGCAGGUGUGAGGACGUGCUCAUGGAACUGCACAUGAACAAGAUCCGAUUCCAACAUGAGGUGUACCCAGAGGACACAUACUAUGCAUCGCGCCAGGUCCUGCUCAUCCAGGAUGUCGAAGUCUGUGACCGGCUGGCCUCAUCGCGCAUCAACAAGUUCCUCUAUCAGUACGCCUCGGAGGCCAAGCCAAGGCAGUCCCACGCCAACAUGGUCAGUGUCAAGUGCGUACGCGUCAGGCCCGACCUCAAGGCUCCGUGCACCGAGGAGUGUGAAAUAAGGGUGUCAAUCAAGCCACUGAGAAUCAACGCUGACCAGGAUGCUGUGCUGUUCCUGGUUCAGUUCUUCACAGGCUUGUCCUCCAACCCACCAGUCUCUCCAUCUUCGCCACGAGCCGAUUCUCCGGAGUUGGCGACCUUAAGAGCUGCAGAUGUCAGGCAUGCCUCUGCUGCUAACAGCGUGACGUCAGCCGACCCCGAGCGGCACGUGGCCUUCGCAAGUGACGAGCCCUGUCCACCUGAGUGCAUCGUUUCGCCGACGAGCUCGAGUUCCAAUUCUAUCCCGAUGCCAAUGUACAUAAGGUCAUUCGUGUUCACGCCGGACGUCCCCAUUCGGAUAGAUUACCAUGGCAAGCGGGUACUCAUGGAACAGGGAGCACUGGCAGGCCUGUUGAUGGGCCUGGGUCAACUGAACUGCCUAGAGAUCACCCUCAAAAAGCUACAAACGAGGCAGGGGUUGUUGGGCUUUGACAAGCUGGUCGCCUUUGCGAUCAACGAGUGGCUCAACGACAUCAAGAAAAACCAGGUGCCAAGCGUGCUCGGUGGAGUGGGUCCCAUGCACUCGUUUGUGCAGCUUUUUAGCGGCUUACGGGACCUGGUGUGGAUGCCUGUGGAACAGUACCGACGGGACGGCCGCAUUGUGCGCGGCCUGCAGCGGGGCGCCAACUCCUUCACCAUCUCAACUGCCAUGGCCUGCCUCGAGCUCACCAACAAAGUCGUCCAGACCGUGCAGGGUGUUGCCGAGCUGGCGUACGACAUGCUGUCGCCGGGCCCCAGCAUGCUUGUGGAGUCUCACAACCGGCGCCACCGUACCGUCCCCAACAACCUGCCUGUUGACAUCCGAGAAGGGGUCAACAAUGCCUACCAAGUGGUUACAGAGGGACUGGGAGACACGGCACGCACGUUGGUGAAGGCGGCUUCACAGGAGCACCGCCAGAAGGGAGUCAGCGGGGCCGUCGGGGGGCUGCUUCGUCAGAUUCCGCCCACCAUGGCUGCCGGCAUCAUCGUUGCCACCGAGGCGACUUCGACAGUGCUCGGUGGCGUGCGCAACCAGAUUCAGCCUGAUGCGCGGCGCGAGGACAUUCAGAAGUGGCGGCAGCGCUUGCCACCCAAGCCAACAGGAGCCACAGCUACGGCGUCUGCUUCAGCCCUAGCUGCAGCAUCAAGAUAGAUGUUGCAGCCGAAGAUGGUGGCAUUGGGCCGGCGUAUUCGCUCGGCGACACGAGGAGCCUGUAAAUACAUUCUGCCUUCCUCGUCGGUCGUCGCCUUUUGAUAUCGGAGCCUCCCCCCGCUGCUAGUUUUUUAACGUAACGUUUCAAUUGUUUUUAAAGCGCUGUCUGUGCAGGCUUCUAUUCUUGUGCAUACGAGGAGUCUGCAGUUAUGAAACAGAGAAAUGAAAGCCAUGCUCAGAAGACGUGUGUCCAAAGCUUUGGUUUACUUUUUGUUGCAUGUGAACGUUUGUGUGUCUUACUUGCGUUUUUUCUUUUUUCUGAAGCAUGUGCAACAUUGAGUCUUUUUUGUUUUUUUGUUUCUUGUGCUCAAUUGUUUACUGGGAAUGCAAAGGCAAGUGGCAGCAAGGAAUUCUAGGGGCUGUGCUCUGAGCCGAUCUCUUUUCACGAUUGGCAACACGGCGUCAGUCGCUUGAGUGCCAGCGACAUCGCACCACACUCGCUAUUGGCUCCACGAUACACUGAUGAACCUAACGAUGCCUCCGAUGCCUGUGGGCAUCAUUUUACAAUGCCCGUGGGCACCAUUGUGCCUUUAAGGUUGCGUGCAAUUUAUGAGGCAGCAAGUGAAGCUAGUUGACUCGCAGUGCUGGUUUGCCAUCUGUUCUAGUACUGGUCUAUUCGCACGGUCACCUUUGCAUGGGCGAUUUGAUCAUUACGAUGGCAUGCCUCGCAUGCCUCGAGCGGACGCCUGGGCAAAGGAACUCCUGCCAGAACAGAAGGCAAGUAGGUCACCAUCAAUGUUGUAUGGCAAGAGGCAGACUCGAUGCAUGGCAGCCCCACCUGGUGUGUCAGUUGACAAGUUGUGCAAGAUCGUUUGAUUCUAGCAGUCGAUGCUGGUCUUAGAAAAGAUCACUGGCGAGCUUACGUUUAUUUUGAUCUCUGUAUGUGUUAGUUUAGCUGGUGAUACUGCUGUUGGUAUGUUUUUAUUUUUUUUAGCUAGCUUUGUUUACUUUGACUUGAAAGGGACCUUGGAGUGGUUUUCGAGUCUUCACGGAUCUAAAUUUCCACAGCAAACUUGCAUACCAGCAGCAAGAAGGCGUGCUUAGUUCCCACAGUCAUGGCCAAGUGCUUGAUGAAGCCCGAUAACCUAACAGCACUAGUGAGAGCCACUUCAAAGUUCCUUAGAAUAACCUACUGCCAUUUAUUUAUAAAGACACACACGCAAGAAAUUCUGCACAUGCAUAAGCAAGCAGAAGUCUUUACACAUGGACUCUUCAUUUUUUUUUUUAACUCUGAGCAUGACUUUUUUUUUACGCCUACUGUUGGCUGGAUUGUAAAUAAAAGCUAUGAAAUUGUGAACCUAUCACAA